CAUUGCGUUGUUUUCGUUUUGCGAACAGAUGCUGCGUCGCAGUUGUUGUUGCCGUGACGUAACGGCCGGCAACGCAAAAACAUGAAAUCGAAUUUAUUUAUGGCUCGAUUUUAUGAUUUUAAUUGUCGCGGCCAUAUAAGGUAGAAUAAAUGUUUAUGAAACUAAAAGUGUUGUGCUGGCGACAAAUCGAUAACAGCGAAUGGAUUGGAAAAGCGAUCAUUCGGUUUUAAGUGCUCAACACGUGUGUAGGGUGUCUGGAGAACUUUCUAACUGACCCACCUGUGACUUUCAAAAUAAAAACACAAGGUGUCAUAGCCCGCAUUAUAAAUUCGCAAUUAUCUAACAGCGAUUUCUGUGUAAAUAUAACAAGGCUGGCACUUCGAAGUGAUAAUUUGGGAUACGCGUAGUCCAAAGAUUAGAUUGAGCCCACGACAACGGCAACGACCAUGGCCUGAUACACCAGAUUGCCCGUGAUUCUAGACAAUAUAUUGAGCUCCACCUGUCCAGAUGCAGAAACCCAGCUAACCGCACUUGAUUUCAACGUUCUACGUAAGAGCGUUACGUUAGGCAUUACGUCAGUGGCCGUUAUACAAUUACGAAGAUGAAGGAAUGGUUGAAGAUUUCCUGUCUCCUUUGCGUCUUCGGCUUUAUCCGUGAGAUCCGUCCGUCUGAACCUUACGUCACGGAGUAUCUGCUGGGUCCAUGGCGAAAUAUUUCGUAUGAGCAGCUAACGCAAGAGGUUUAUCCAGUUGGAACAUAUUCCUAUCUGGUGCAGUUGGUCUUUGUUUUCCUUAUAACAGAUUUUUUGAGGUACAAACCCCUGAUCAUUACUAUUGGAGCAACUGGUGUGAUAAUAUGGAGCAUGCUCAUUUGGACGACCAGUCUGGUGUCGCUGCAGAUCCUAGAGUUCUUCUACGGCACUUAUAUGGCCGCCGAAGUGGCCUACUAUACCUACAUCUAUGCCAAAGUGGACAAGAAGUACUACCCCAGAGUAACCUCACACACCCGAGCAGCCAUGUUUGCAGGCAAACUGGUUUCCGGGAUCACUUCUCAACUCAUGCUCUAUCUGGAGCUGAUGAAUUAUAAAGAGCUUAACUAUAUAACGCUGGGCACUCAAAUAAUAGCCAUGCUUUGGGCCUUCGGCUUGCCUCGCGUGGACAGAAGCCUUUACUUUCAUCGUCAGCAGUUACCCGUAGCGGAUUCGCAUACCCAAUUACCCGGCGAAGGCAACCUGGAGGUGGAGGAACAGCAGCCAGAGCGUAAUGCAAGACAACCAGGGGCAGUGGGUCUUCUGUGGCUUCACUUCCGAAACGCAUACACCAAUCCACGAGUAGUUCAAUGGAGUCUGUGGUAUGCCAUUGGACUGGCUGGUUACCUGCAGGUCAUUUCCUACGUACAGGUUCUGUGGAAAGUGAUCGAACCAAAACCGCUUAUAGCCUGGAACGGAGCAGUGGACGCAGUAUUGACAGCACUGGCUGCUUUGAGUGCUUUGGGCGCUGGAUACUUGCAUACUGGUCGUCUUAAACCGCGAACAUCUCUCCUAAUCCUGGCCUUUUUGUCCGCCGUGGAGGGAGGUUGUGUUCUUAUCUGCUGCUGGACAAAAGAUAUCUACUGGUCCUAUGCUGGAUUCGUACUCUUCGGUGCCCUUUACGGCUUCACCAUCACGGUGGCCAGUGCUGAGGUGGCCCGAAAUCUGCAGGAGGAAAGCUUCGGAUUGGUCUUUGGUGUGAAUACAUUUGUGGCCCUCCUUUUCCAGUCGCUCUUAACCAUGAUGUUUGUCACCAAAACGGGCUUUGAGCUUGAUCCCGUGGGACAGUACACGGCAUAUGCAUUCUACUUUAUUGGCGUCGGUGUGCUGUACCUUAUAUCCGUGCUGGUUGAGUGCAUGGCGUUCCGCGGCACCAACAGCGAGAAGCUGGAAAAUUCUCUGGAUUGAUUCCCGAAGCAUUUACAAUGUACUUAAAGUCGCCGGUUGCCAAGCACAACUGUUACUUAAGAAGGACAUGUUCCUAUGGAUGAAAUACUAUUUGAUGGUAUUCUUGCGAUUGUAUUCCCGGAAUAGUUAAGCCAUCGAUUAAACUGCAAUCUUCUGCGGUGUUAUUAUUAUUUAGGGCAGAUUUCCAAUUAUAGAGCGCACAAUCAGUCUCAAGUGGUACGAAAUAAAGAUACCUAGUUUUGAUAGAAUCACUCCUUCACUAAUAGACGAUUACCAA